AUGGAGAUUGACGUACUGGCAGACAUUUGUGAGGCUGAAGAUACCGACAACGAAGAGGAUGAAGACGAUAAUGUAGAGGAUGGCGAAGCUCCCUGUGAAGAUCCUCGUAUCGACUGCGCAGCAAUUCCUCGUGGCAAAUGUGGUGAUGUUGUUGGCGGUGGUAACCUCCGAUUACGCCGAUGUCGCCGGGAGCAUGAAUUGGGCGAGUCUACCGUCAAUGACGGCGACGAGAACGACGACUUUGACGCCGAUGACACACGCAACCGAUGUCUAGGCGAUGCGUAG